AACGAGGUCGCCUACAGCCUGACAGUUCACCGCCCCCUCGCGUAUACACACAACAAUGGCAGCCCCAACAAAAAUCACCGGACUGACGAUCGAAGAUCUGCGGUUUCCUACUUCGUUGCAAAAAGAUGGAUCAGAUGCGAUGCACAAGGCCCCCGAUUAUUCCUGUCCUUACGUCAUUUUAUCUACGGACACUGAUCUACGGGGAUGUGGUACGACCUUCACCCUGGGCAAGGGCAAUGCUAUAGUUUGUAUGGCCAUUGACAAUUUCAAGAGCUUAGUUGUCGGACAGAAUCUGCAGGAUAUCUUCAAUGAUUUCAGUGGAUUCUGGCGCUCGUUAGCGAGUGAGGAUCAAAUAAGAUGGCUGGGACCAGAGAAAGGUGUAACUCAUCUUGCCAUUGCUGCUAUCAUCAACGCUGUCUGGGACUUGUGGGCCAAAAUGGAGGGCAAGCCCCUAUGGAAGUUGUUGGCCGAUAUGUCCCCAGAAAUGUUGGUGUCCACCAUCGACUUCAGACACAUGGGUGAUACUCUCACAAAGAAGGAGGCUCUGGAAAUAUUGAAGAAAGGUCAAGUUGGAAAAGCAGAGAGAGAGGCUGAGGUGGUUGCUAACGGUUACCCAGCAUACACCACUUCCUGUGGCUGGCUAGGAUAUUCUGAUGAGAAAAUCAAAAGGUUGGCAACAGAAGCCCUAAGCCAGGGGAUGUGUCGAUUCAAGAUGAAGGUUGGAGGAGAUGUCAAGGACGAUGCUAGGAGAGCGAAAAUGUUCCGUGAAAUUAUAGGAUAUGACCGACCUCUGAUGAUGGAUGCCAAUCAGAAGUGGGAGGUGGACGAGGCCAUAGACUGGAUGAAACAGCUGGCAGAGUACAAACCGCUGUGGAUAGAGGAACCGACCAACCCAGACGACAUCUUGGGACAUGCUGCCAUCGCCGAGGCAUUGAACCCCUUGGGGAUUGGUGUGGCUACCGGCGAACACUGUCAGAACAGGAUCAUGUUUAAGCAGUUCCUUAAGGCCAAGGCCAUGCAGUACUGCCAGAUUGAUGCCACUAGGGUAGGCGGCGUUAACGAAAAUCUCGCCAUCAUCUUAUUGGCUGCUAAGUUUGGAGUACCUGUGUGUCCCCAUGCUGGAGGAGUCGCUCUCUGUGAACUUGUACAACAUUACUCCAUGUUCGACUUCAUCUGUGUCUCAGGGACCAUGGAAAAUAGGAUGAUUGAAUUUGCUGACCAUCUUCAUGAACAUAUGUCAGAACCAGUGGUCAUCAGAAAUGGUAGCUACCAGGUUCCUAAGAGUCCAGGUUUUGUGGUGGGGAUAACAGACAAAGCCCGGGAGGACUAUAUCUACCCAGAGGGGAAGGAGUGGCAGAGACUCUUCAGUGAAGGACUCUUUACCAAGCCGGAAUAAUAGCAGAGAUUUCAUAGAUUUUCUAAUCUGAUCCAGUCUUGUUUGAAUAUUGUUAUUCCAUUUUGAUUAUUUGACAUUGGAAAUUUGUCUGUUGAUUGCCUGAUGGUAAGAUGUUUCUCUGAAAAUUGUUAAAC